AUGAACCUGCUUCAUGCAGAAAGAAAACCAUUCCUCACGCCUAUAAAUGAAGAAACAAAGCACGAAGGAGACAAUUGGUUGGCAAAGGGUGAACGCCCUCCUCAAAAAAUCCUGAAAAUCACUGAGAACAAUUGCCUUCCUGCAGUUCCAUGUCACCAGGGACUAUUUCCAGAGCUAACCCCGAGACCUGUAGAUGAGUUACCUCCUCCCCCGAAAAUAGAUAAAUACAAGCUUGCAAGAUUUUUAACCGACAAGGCCAUCAGGGACAAAAGAAUUUUCACUAUCUGUGGGCCUUACCCAGUAAUCCGCACCGCUUUAAGGAAGAGAGGAUGGGUGGAAAGAAAAUAUACCCAUAGAAGUGACACUCAGGACCGUAAAGAUGAAGGCAAUGAAACAGAGCGUGACACUGUUGGCAGAGUUGAAAGCAAAACUACAUUGCGGGAAGAGGAUAGCCGUUUUGCAAAUCCAAAUGACAUCCAUGAUAUAAUGUCUAGGUUGGUAAAAAAUGAAGAAACCUCCUUUUAUUGGACUAUAAAAAAAGAUGCAGUGGACUACAGUAACCUCCAUUUUGAUCAGAUGCUGAACCAUUAUGCAAGAACUAGCUCCUUUACAACCAAAAUUGGCCUUUGUUUGCACAUGAGGAAUUUGCCAUGGUAUGCGUCAGCCAACCCAAAUUCUUUCUUCCCUCGAUGUUAUGGCAUUUGCAUGGAGGAUGAGAGAGAAGAUUUUAUUGAUGACUUCAGGAAAACAGCAGCAUCCAGCAUACUCAAAUGGGUUGUCAAUUUGCAUGUUUCUGGGAACAAGUAUGACUGGACAUCUACUGAAAGCUCUGAUAAAGAAGAUGCAACUGAAGCUCAAGAUCCUGAUGUAAAGAAAGUGAAGGAACUUCCUGGAGAAAUGGUAGAAAUGGCAUGCAAAGUGUGUGAAACUUACCUUGGGCAAAUUGAGCAUAAUGACAUUGACACAGACAUAGAAACUGUGCCAGUGCUGUCCGAAAACGAAUGGAAUCAAUUGAUAGAACAGUACUACACUCUCAUUCAUGAGGAUGCCGUGAUUUCUAAUGCAGACAGUUAUUUCUUACAAUGUCAGAAUAUUUUGCGCAAAAUUAUGCUAGUCAACCCACAGGAAGAUAUGAAUGGUCUCCACAACAUCUGGAUUAUUAAACCUGGAGCAAAAUCCCGUGGCAGAGAAAUCAUAUGCAAGAACCGACUGGAUGAAAUAUUAAAAUUAGUUGAACCAACGGAUCAGUUGCAAUUGAAAGAUCAUAAAUGGGUCGUCCAAAAGUACAUUGAGAUGCCGUUACUGAUAUAUGAAACAAAGUUUGAUAUCAGACAAUGGUUUCUUGUGACAGACUGGAACCCCUUGACGUUAUGGAUCUACAAAGAAAGUUAUCUGAGAUUUUCCACUCAGCGUUUUUCAUUAGAUAACCUGCAUAGCUCCAUUCAUCUUUGCAAUAAUUCCAUCCAGAAGAAUUAUAAGAACGCUUCAGACCGCAGUUCUCACUUGCCCUAUCACAAUAUGUGGACUUGUGGCAAAUUCCAAGACUACCUGCAAAAGAAAGGCCUUGGCCACAUCUGGCGAAACGUGAUCUACCCAUCCAUGAAAAGAAUUUUAAUCUACACCAUGAAGAUGGCUCAGGAACAUGUUGAACCACGGAAGAGCAGUUUUGAACUCUAUGGAGCAGAUUUCAUUCUUGGGCAUGACUAUAAACCAUGGCUGAUUGAAAUCAAUAGUAGUCCAACCAUGUAUCCUUCUACUCCAAUUACAUCUGAUCUAUGUACCAAGGUUCAAGAAGACACAAUCAAGGUUGUUAUUGACAGGAAGAUUGACAGAAACUGUGACAUUGGACAUUUUGAACUUCUCUGGAAACAGCCCAUGCUGGACAUGCCAUUUAGUCCUGCUGACCUUAUUGUGGAAGGAGUCAAUGUGAAGCAACUGAAAAAGCAUAUGGUUCCCAUCAGCAAUUUCAAUUUCCUUGAACCACUUCUGAAAGCUACAAAACCUACAACUAAUCAAGAGAAUACAGGCAAUGUGGUGGCAUCUCUCAUUGAUAAGCAAAAACUAAAAAGUGGAAAUAACAUUUCUUACACCUUGCCAAAGGCCCUCAAGAAGCUGCAAGAGAAAACCUUGAAAGUUAGAAGCAUCCACAAAAAGUCUAUCAAAACCAUAGACUUUCCUCGCAUAGUUGAUGGUCCUGAAGCAAUUGUCUUAUCUGAGAAGAAAAAGACCAAAACAAUUAAAGUGUCAAGCAGCCACCAACUUGGGAGUGACGUUGUUGCUGCCUUUCCUAGGUCACAUGCACUAGAUUGGGCAUUACUUCAGCCUUCCAAAGAUACAGGUUUGCAGAACAUGAACAAGAAGACUCCGUGCCUAAUUUGUGGAGAUGGUUUCCAGCCAGAGAAAGCUUGUAAACUCUGCAGCUCUUUUUGUGCAACUGUACUGCAAGGAGGUUCAUACUUACCUAUGAGUUCGUGUUCUUCUCCUGAAAAGAUGGCAAAACCCAGGCUGAAUGCCCCAUAUUAUGGGUCUCCAAAAUACUUUUGA